GGACCCGGCGCCCGCCUCGGUGCGGGGCUCUGCGGCCACCGCGUGGUACCUGCGGGGCUGUCACCCGAUGGAAGCGCCCCGCUGCUCCCUGCGGAUCCCUCCUGGAGCCCGGCCUCGGCUCAUCCCGGCGGCACGGAAAGGCACCGCGGGGCAGAGCUGGCCUGGCAAAUAAUUGGGCAGCUGGCGUAGAGAAUGAGCAAGGAGGGGAAGAAGGAGCAGGAAUAACCCUGAUUUUCCUGCUUGUCCAUCAGCGCCCGCCUCGCUCUGCGCGCGUCUCCCGGGAUUGAGCAGCCCAGGACAGGGAGGUGACCACCACGCUCCAGCUGCUGCCACCUCACACUGAAACUCCCACCAGCACCACCAACACCGACCACAGGGCUGAGCUGGAGCUGCCGGGCUCUCCCUGCCAGCCUGGGCCCGGGAAUGCGCUGAGCUGAGCCGAGCUGAGCUGAGCAGCCGCCGCUCCACGGCUCCGAUUCCUGCCUGGGAAAGGUUCUAACUGAGCAGCCCUUAUGACCAACAUGAGCUGGAGCUUCCUCACCCGCCUGCUAGAAGAGAUUCACAACCACUCCACCUUCGUGGGGAAGGUCUGGCUCACCGUGCUCAUCGUCUUCCGCAUCGUCCUGACGGCGGUGGGGGGCGAGUCCAUCUACUCCGAUGAGCAGAGCAAGUUCACCUGCAACACCAAGCAGCCGGGCUGCGACAACGUCUGCUACGAUGCCUUCGCGCCGCUCUCCCACGUCCGCUUCUGGGUCUUCCAGAUCAUCAUGAUCUCCACGCCCUCCGUCAUGUACCUGGGCUACGCCAUCCACAGGAUCGCCCGCUCGGCCGAGGAGGAGGAGAAGCUCAAGGGCUUCAAGAAGAAGAAGCAGUUUGCCCUCAACUGGCAGGCCGUGCGCAACAUGGAGGACGCCAUGGAGGCCGACGAGGAGGAGCCCAUGAUCUCCGACGACGCGGCCGAGCACGACAAGGCCACCAAGGCCAAGCCCAAGUGCAAGGAGCAGCAGAAGCACGACGGGAGGAGGCGCAUCCAGCAGGAGGGGCUGAUGAAGAUCUACGUCUUCCAGCUCCUCACGCGGGCUUCCUUCGAGGUGUGCUUCUUGAUAGGGCAGUAUCUGCUCUACGGUUUUGAGGUGGAAGCAUAUUACGUCUGCAACAGGGUCCCAUGUCCCCACACCGUGGACUGCUUCGUGUCCCGGCCCACGGAGAAGACCAUCUUCCUGCUGGUGAUGUACGUGGUGAGCUGCCUGUGCCUGCUGCUGAACAUGUGCGAGAUGUUCCACCUGGGCUUUGGCACCAUCCGCGACGCCAUCCGCAACCGCAAAAUCAACAGCUUCCGCCAGCCGCCCUACAACUACGCCUACCCCAAGAACAUCUCCUGCCCUCCCGAGUACAACCUGGUCGUCAAAUCCGAGAAGGCCACCAAGAUCCCCAACAGCCUGAUGGCCCACGAGCAGAACUUGGCCAACGUGGCCCAGGAGCAGCAGUGCACCAGCCCUGAUGAGAACCUGCCCGCUGAUCUGUCCACGCUGCACAAGCACCUGAGGGUGGCCCAGGAGCAGCUGGACAUCGCCUUCCAGAGCUACAGCAGCACCCAGGCCAACACUCAGCCCUCUCGGACCAGCAGCCCUGCCUCGGGGGGCACCGUGGUGGAGCAGAACAGGGCCAACACUGCCCAGGAGAAACAAGGUGCUAAGCCCAAGGCCUCACUAGAGAAAGGCAGCUCCAGCAGUAAAGAUGGGAAGACGUCCGUGUGGAUAUAAUUGUGCCAGGAAGGAGUGAGAGGGGCUUUGGUUUGUUUCUGGUUUUUGGUGUUAUCUCGCGUUUGUUUUGCAGGGCGCGGUUUUUGCGUGGAAGUCGAGAAAGUGAGUGUUGGACAAAUUUUGUGCUGUCUUCCAGUUAACAAAAGACAUUUCUUCCCUGUUUCCAACCUGUUCUCCAACUGGGAACCUCCAGUGUUGUAGUGUGUUCAUUAAGUUCAUUUAAUUCCUCCCCCAUUUUAUGUAUCUGCUCCCCCCCAUUUAUGCAUGAUCCAGGUGACCAUGCUGAUGCUUUAAUUUAAUACAGAAAUAGCCCAUCACAGAAAAUGGCUGUAAUUGCACUCAUAGUCCAUUGAGGAGAAGGAGGAGGGUGUCCCUCAGAGUUCAAAAAACAAGUUUGAUGGCAAAAGGCUUCACCCAGAGCAGCCUCUGCAUCCACAGUGAGUGCACUCAAUGAUUCUGCCCACUUCCAGCUUGCUUUUGGGGACCCUGCAGAUGCAGUUGGUGCCAAAGUUGGUGUCCCGAGUCUGGAUGCAGCGCAGGCAGCAGAGGUUCUCAUAGCCCUGCUUCUUCCACUUGGCUAUCAGGUUUUUGUCAGCAUAGCCCUCCUUGAUGCAGUACUCAUAGAGCUCUCUGCUGAUUGCUUUCCUCUUGUAGAAGAGAUCAAAGAUGUAACGUGUUUUCUGGUGGUGGAUCCUGAAGAUGGGCCAGAGAGACUCCACUUUCCUCUUCCCUUCGUGUGGCUCUGUCUCAGCUUCUCUCAUCUUCUGGUCCAGCUCGUCCAGCGUGGGCUCGAUCAGCUCCCAGCCAUCCGGGGGCGGCUUCCUGCUCCUCUUCACUUUGGGCAUUGCCUCGGCAGCGAGAGAGCCAAAGGGCGAGGGGAACUGCCAGCACUCCCUCAGAGUCACGCCGCUCCCGUCGCGCCGCCGGCCCCUGCUCCACUCACUGUCCCCAAGUCUGGGGGUUCACUGGGGGGAAAGAAAGGAAUUUAGGUGGUGGGACCUGGCCCCAAGUCUGGGGAAGCAGACCCCACAGGAAAGGGAAAACAAAAAACGAUAGGGGUGAGGACUGUCCCCAGAAGAACACCCCGCGCCGAGAGGGCCCCCCUCCCCCGCACAGAGAGGGCAGAGCUUCCCCGCGCUCGCCGGCGCGAAUUCUAAAUGACAGCGAAACACGCCGCAGAGAAACAACGCAGCUGUGUAUACUGCUUUUAAAAUUCCCGGGCAGCAGCAACAGCAGGGAGCCGGGACGCGCCCUGCCGAGCCGAGGCAGACACAAAGGCUCCCCCGCCGUGGAACGCAGCCCUCCCCUGCAGAGCCUAGAGAACAGCGGCCCCCACAACACGUGGCAACCCGAUAGCCCCCCGCGCCACGUGGCAGGCACCGGGGCCCCCCCGCACCAAGCGGCAAAAAGGCGCGCGAAAAGCGGCGGAGGAGGGGAAGCGGCCCCGGCGCGGCAAACCGCGCGGAAAAGCCGCCCCGCUCUGAAAAAACCGCGGCGGCCGCCCGGCGCCGCGCCGAGAGAGCCCGGAGCUCGCCCCGCCGCGGCGAGCAGGGACACCGCGAGCGCGAAAAAGCGGCGGAGAGAGGAGAACGGUCCGGCCGCGGCGAAUCCGCGCGGAAAAACCGCCCCGCGCUGAAAAAACCCGCGGCAGCCCCGGCGCCGCCGAGCGGGGACACCGCGGGCGCGAAGAAGCGGCAGAGGGCGGCGCCUGCCGGGGCUUCCCGCGGCACGCGAAAAGCGGCAGACCGCGGCUCCCAGCGUAGAGCUGUCCCCGCGCCGAGAGAGAGAAUUUUCCCCGGCCACGAGCAGCGCCCGGGGACCAGUCCUCAAGGGAAGAAGGGUCGGGAGCGGUCCCCAGCGCACUGAGGGCUCCCAGGGAAAAUUAAAAAGGCACGGGGGGUAACCACCGAGUCCGGGGCUCACCUAAUCCAGCAGCGGUGCAAACGAAAAGUUCAGGCGGAUGGUUUCUCGUCUCGAAGCCCUCCUCAGGUGCGGGGAGUUGCGGCUUCGAAUCCCCCGGGAGCGCCACCCCUAAAACAGGGUCUGCUGCCACCGGAGGUAGUCUGACGGCCAGAGGAAUUUAUAAUCCAAUCCGCGGGUUCCAGGGACCUGGUGUUCAGUCGUCCAGCUGUCCAGAAACAGCUCCCACGUUGGGCGUCAAACUGCAGCGACGUGUGUUCAGCCUUUUAGAGCAGAGAAGGUCAGAGUCCGGCUAGCUGAGGUUAAGGCCGACACCCAGCUGCAUAGUCCACCAGCACCCCUCGGCGUCGUAAGGCCUCGGGCUGUGCUGGUUGCGGAAUGGAUCGCUGUUAAACGACGAGAAGGAAGGACCCGGACACUCGCCGGAGAGGGGCCAAACAGGUUUAUUGGAAAGCCCACGAUGUAUCAGAGAAUGACCAAGAACAAAGGGUGCUUCAGGGUUAUAAAGGGAAGGGGUGGACCCGAGAGGGUUUUACAGAAGACCAAUAGGGGGAGAAGAGGGUAUGAGCUUAACACAAAUGACAUAGUGGAGAGCCCAAUAGGUACCAGGUAUGAGAGGGGCCCCGGGACCACAGCGAACCACAACCCCCAAAGAGGAGAAGCUUCUGGAAUGCUAGGUGGAGUGGGGGGGGGGGGGGGGGGGUGAUUGACUUAGCCCAGGGAGGAGAAAAAGCAUACAUAUAAGGGAAAAAGGGGAGGAGGAAUAAUAUAAGCUAGAAGAUUGACAAUAUAACUGGCAGGGCUGUGGCGGGAAAACUGAGGAGGGUAGAACCAUUUUACACAAAAUGGGGGGGAGCAGAUACAUAAAAUGGGGGAGGAAUUAAAUGAACUUAAUGAACACACAUAUGAACACACUACAACACUCCAGUGAGUAACAGCAAACCCUCCUCACCUCCCAGCCCCUGGCUCAGCACCGGAGCCCCCAGUAGAGACUGGACAAUGUGCUGUGCUGGGAAGAGGAGCUGCUGGUGGCUCAGGAGAGAAGUGAGGCUGACAGGGAUCAGCCACCCUCCUGCAUGGCAAGGCUCGAGUGCUGCAGGCCAGGCAGUGUUUAAUUACUAAACACCCUUAAUCAAAUUAAUUCCUGAUCCUUUGGUAAGAAAACCACUGACAUAUUGCAGGGACCUUGGUGGCAGGCUCACAGCUGAUGGCCUGCCUGGGCUGGCACAUGCCAAUGAGGGCCUUGUUGGAUGCUGUGAACCAGAACUGGCACUGUUAUGAACAAAAAUUCAGUUGAUUUUUUUUUCUGUGAGGAAAAGGUUACCACUACUGCUGGGCUGCUGCCUGUGUUAUGGUAAUUACGGGUCGUUGUGGUUAAUGGUUGUUUUUGUAUUAGUAAAAGCCCUGGCUGGGGCGAGGUAAUGGCCCUUCUCCGAGACAGUAACGGGUGGGGACCUUCCCGAACAGUGAGGAGAAGAGACCUGGGGGGGGGUUAUGCAAAGUGACUCCAGGACCAGCAUGCUGUGGGGGACUACGGCUCCAAACGUACUGAGAAAACCCCAAAAACAACGAGCCAAAUAAGAGUUGAGAGACUGGAGUGAUGUCUGGACGUGAGGAGCCGAGCGCUGAGCCUGCAGAGAUGCGAACACCUUCGGAGUCCCUCUCGCCCUGACUGGGAGUCGUCCCCAGCGCCGACUCUGCUCCAAACCCUCAGUGACAUUGCAUCCUACUGGUGCCUGUGUAGCACUUGCUACAGAUGUGAUGGGAAUUGUUGCAGUUACAGGGUUUUUAACAAACUGCUGCUUCACAUCAUCAGAAAGUGCCUUUAUGCAACCAGGAAAACAAAAGUGUAAAGGGUUGAGGCUCCUUUACUUGCUGAAUUUUUGGCAAUCGGCGUCGGCAAACUUGUUUUUCUGAUCAAUUGAGGAAAAACUGUUGGCAAAUUUGUUUUUCUGAUUAAUUGAGGAAAAGCACUGUUGGCAAAUUUGUUUGUCUGAUUAAUCAAACCCUUAUAAAUAGUGGCAGGAGGCAGAUCUAUGCAUAGUGGUGUGUGUGUGUCCAUGUGUAGAUACAGGCACUAUGAACAUGUGAGUGUGAACGUAGACAUAGAGAGCUCGGUGUAAAUGUGAUAUCAACCCUCUGCUCCUUCUACAGCCUCCUUUCCACCUCCUCUGAGAGAACCCAGCUGCUCCAGGGCUGGGGCUGGUCCCAUCCUGGGCCUGUUAUCCUCCAGCCCCACCUGGGGAAUGGGAGGGGGUCCCACAUUUGCUGGGGGGGCUUUGAAGAAGGUCUGGCUUCCGUGGGGACAGGACCAGGACAAGAGUAGGAAGUUUUUCCUGAGUUAUGGGGAAUUUUUUUCAGCUGGGCUUGAUAUUAGGGUGGUUUUCAUGCAUUUACCUUACUUUGGGUGCAUAUUAAAAUCAAGCUGCUGAGCUCCAAGGCUCCUACUGUUCUUUGUCAGAGGGUGGUUUCAUUUCCACCACAGAGAACCCAGACAGGCAGAGCCCUCAGGCUCAAACCUAUGGCAAAAGAAGUAAAUUCUCCCUGUGCCAAGCUGUUCUCUCAGGCUGUGCCAGGAUUUCUCAUCCAUGGGAUAUUCCUGAUUUCUAGCUGAACAACACUCUCAUGUCCUUGAGGUCAGUCCCUAACAGCCCUGGGGAUGCCUGUUCCCUAAAUGUCCAUCCCUUUGGCCAUUUUUGGGAACAGGCAGGGAAUUUGGAUAUGCCCUUCAUCCCCUGGGAACUUUGGCUGAGCUGUGUGAUGCAUUAGAGAACAGUCCUGGAAGCAAAAAAAAAAAAAAAAAAGUAGAAUUAAAAAGAAAGCAGAGAAACAUCCUGCAAGGUAUUCGGCAGCAAAUAUUCACUGUGUGGCUUUGUGUGACUGUCUGGGGAACCUUCCAGGCCUGCUCCUGGUGCUGCUGAAGGCAUUGGUAAAAUGCCUGGAAUGCUGUUUGCUCUUGCAGCUCGAGAAAAGGGUAAGUGGAUGCAGGAGGAGGAUCAGCACAGCAGCAGCCAGCAGUGCCAUCCAUCCAUCCAUCCAUCCAUCCAUCCAUCCAUCCAUCCAUCCAUCCAUCCAUCCAUCCAUCCAUCCAUCCAUCCAUCCAUCCAUCCAUCAUCCAUCCAUCAUCCAUCCGUCCAUCCAUCAUCCAUCCGUCCAUCCAUCCAUCCAUCCAUCCAUCCAUCCAUCCAUCAUCCAUCCAUCCAUCCAUCCAUCCAUCCAUCCACCCAUCCAUCCAUCCAUCCAUCCAUCAUCCAUCCAUCCAUCCAUCCAUCCAUCCAUCCAUCCAUCCAUCCAUCCAUCCAUCCAUCCAUCCAUCCCUCUGUCCAUCCAUCCAUCCAUCAUCAUCCAUCCAUCCCUUCUGCUGGGAGUUUUGCAGGAAAGGCUCAGAAGGGUCACACCAUGGUGGUGACAAACAUAUCCAAGUGCUCUGUUUGUCCUUGUCCCAUGUUGGGAAUAUGCUCCCUGCUGGCUGGGGAUGUGCUGGGCACAGCAGGAGAGGCUGACUGCUCACAGGGCUGCUGAAACCUGGAAAAAAUAAAUGCCUGCAGGGCCACAGCCCAGGCUGCUGGGGAGGAGAGAGGUGAUCCUGGGUGGAAAUUUGUUCCCUGGAUGGAAAUUUGUUCCCUGGUCACUGCAGCUGUGUGACAGUGGUCACAGGGGUCUCAGGUUGAGGGAAGAGACAAGGAUCUGACUCCAUGUUUCAGAAGGCUGAUUUAUUAUUUUAUGAUAUAUAUAAUAUUAAAACUAUAUUAAAAGAACAGAAGAAGAGGUUUCAUUUCAGAAGGCUGGCUAAGCUAAGAAUAGAAAGGAAUGAAUAACAAAGGUUUGUGGCUCGGACAGAGAGAGAGCCAGCUGGGCUGUGACUGGCCAUGAAUUCUAAACAUCUACAUGAGACCAAUCACAGAUCCACCUUUUGCAUUCUACAGCAGCAGAUAAUCAUUGUUUACAUCUUGUCUCUGAGGCCUCUCAGCCUCCCAGGAGGAAAAAAUCUCAAGGAAAAGAUUUUCAUAAAAAGAUGUCUGCGACACAGCUGUGCAGGGCAUGAGCUUGUGCCCCACAUCAGUGUGACUUCUCCUUCAUUCCCAGCCCUGUGUCCCAGGGGAAACUGUGUGCAUUUAAAGCUGUGAUCCCAAGGGAGGGAUGGAAACUGAUGAUAGCCAUGGCUGGAUGCUGCCUGGGUUCUUCUGAUUCCUUUUCCAUGAGCAACAACAAUCCCACAGCCCCGGAUCAACUUGUGCUUCCCACGCGAUGCUGGGAGGCAGGCGUGCAGGAUUUUGGGUUUCUCCUGCCCCUACCCCCCUCACAGCACCAUUCAUGGCCUGAGCACUUGCUGGUGACUCAGAUCUGCCCCUCAGCUCCUGCUGACCUGCAGAUCCCCCCUGAGUCACCACACCAGGGAUAGGAAUGUGACUCCCUUGCUCUUGUUCCAGGAAAAAACCUUGGCCAACGCCUUGGCACGGCGCAGAUUUUAAGCUAAAACCUCCCAAAGCCAGGGAAAGGGGGAAAGCCAGGGGCAGAUUUUAAGCUAAAACCCCCCAAAAACUGGUCACAGAGACCUGAUGAACCCAUUAAUCCCAGUCUGUACAGCAGGGCUGCCCCAGCAAUACCCCAGCAGGAGGAGAUUCCAGCUUUGGAGCAGCAGGGUGGGAAAAGACCAUGGAUCUUCUGGCCAACCUGCCACCAUCAAAUGACUCCCUGAAGGGUGACAUGAACCCCUCUCUGCAACCCCAUGGAGACAUGGAGAAGCCUCAUGCCUUUAACCUCUGUAUAUUUUGGUUGUUUGGAGACUGUUUUCACCCUCAGAUGUGCUUUAAGCUGAACUCCUCCAGUCCCACCAACCUUUCUGCAAGGGCUGAUUUUCUAGCAUGGUUUUCUCUGGUGUCUUUGGACCACCAGCAGCCACUUGACAAAUUCCCAGCAGUGUGGCAGUGCUGCUCCUCGUAUCACUUUUCCUCCCUUCUCCUCUUCCUCACUCUGCUCCUCCCCCAAUCCCCACUGCUCCCCUCUGCAGAUGUGUGGUUGUGCAGUCAGAAUCUUCCUGCCCUCCUUCAAACCCCUUUUUAUUGUCACACAGUGAGCCAGGGGGGCUCUGAGUGACCUGCAGAGGGUUUGGAGCCUCUCCCCAGCUGGUGUCACCCUCACAUCUCACAUGCACAGGCUGUUUUCUGCAGGGAGAGUCAAUAAUUGCAUUAUUGAUGGGUACCAGAGCCAGGGCAGACUCUUGGGGGAUCAAUAACCCCCUCGCUGGGCAGGGACACGGGGUGACCACUCCCAGCCCUGCUCAUCCCUCGGGCCUGGAGUGCUUCCCUGCACAACAUCCCUUCCCAAGGGGAGCUGAGCCUGCUUUCCCAUGUUUUCCAAGAAUUUUGCCAGGGACUCAAGCACAGGGAUGCAAAGUGAGGUCCCAGCCAGCCUGGAGGACACUGCUGAUCCUCUGAGCAUGGGGAGGAGGGAUCCAAGCUCUCCCAAAUCCCAUCUGGGCCACACAGAGGAGCCAGCAUGGCUCAGACAACCAUGGAACAGAAAAGAUUAUUACUUAUAAUUAUUAUUAUUUCUAUAUAUACUGAUUUGCUCACUUCCCCCCUUCCUCCUCCACUCUGUAAACCCUUUAGGAUGUUGGGUUUCUCCACUGAGUCACUGCCACAAAGGUGACCAAAUGCAACGACGAUGACUCUGCAGGAAUGACUCCUUUCAUCCUGUCACUGGGGGCAGGAAAAGGACAGAGCAGCAAAAUAUUCACAGCCACAAGCAAAAUCCCCACCACAAUUGUUCCUAACUCAACCAGCAACCAGAGGAAAUUCAUUUAGAGGGUGGAGCAUCAGCCAUGUAAGAAAUGCCAAUGGUGUAAUUAAUGCUUUGCUAUUAUUUUGUCUUUUCUCCAGGUAGCAGUUUUGUCCACACACACAAGGGAGGUUUGGCUUUGUGGCUGAACUAAUCAUGAACGUUGACUCUCUCACUAAACUUGGUCAGAUAAAGUGCCCACACUUACAUUUCUCUUCUUACCAUUCAGGGCCAGGAAUGUCCCACAAAAGCCAGAUUACCUUCUUGCUUGCAUUGCAUUCCACUGGGAAAUACUUGAACUAAACUCAAGGCCAUAACCAGUCUGUGCUGUUAUAAAUUGUCUGGGAUUGGUGGGGUUUUUUUUCUUUUUUCUUUUUUUUUUUUUUUGGUUGUUAUUUUUUUUAAAAUGUACUAACUGUAUUUGUACUAGAAACUUUUGGAGUAUGAGGUGGAAUCUGUGAGUAUUUUGCAGUGUAAAUGUUACAUCUGGGCUGUAGUUAGAAUAUGAACCACUGGUCAAAAGGGAAAGGGACACCAGUCCAACUCAACUGUGGCUAUUCCACAUCCAUUACUAAUAAUAAUAUGGAAUAAAACUUACAUUUUGUUACAGUA